AUGCGAAGAACAGUUAAUAUUAACGGUGAAGCGUGUGGAAGUUCUCACAACAGAAAUACAUUACAGGCAGUAUCAAUAGGUAGCGAUCUCAUCAUGUUUGUUUGGUAUUAUACUGUUGGCUUCUUAUUGGCAAUUGACGUUGUUUCAUCUCAAAGUAAUUAUUAUGUGAGACUUGUCACCGGUACACAUGUUGGCCAUGGUAAGGUACAGGUGUGGUAUAGCAGCCAAUGGAAUUCGUAUUGCAAGAGAUGGGGUACCCUGGAAGCUAGAGUUACCUGCAGACAGCUUGGAUAUCCAGACGUAAUAUCGUCAACAUCAGAUGGAAGCAGCACUAGGAGCUCUGGUUAUGGUGGUUUAGGUUACAAUAGAAGAUCUUACUUAGAUUGUUCGGGUUCUGAACAAAAGCUUUCGAGUUGUUCAUUAGAGUGCUGUGACUAUAGUAGGCCUAGCUGUAGUUCUGUUUCUGUCAAUUGCACAAACAUCACCCGAUCACGUAUUCGACUCGUUGGUGGCAGUUCAGCUAACGAAGGACGCGUAGAGUUAUGGACUGGAUACACGUGGAUGUCUAUAGUUAAAUCUUACUGGACAAGUUCAGAAGCAAAAGUCGCUUGCAAACAGCUUGGAUUUAUUGACGGUGCUCUUUCAUAUGGAUCCUCCAGUGGCUACACAAGAACUCGGUACGGUGAAUCAAAAAGUUCGACAUGCUCUCUUGGUGCAGAAUGUUCAGGCUGGGAACCGACGCUUAAUGAUUGCAAAAAUCAUAUAACUUCGUCUUACUGUCUUCAUUCAAAUGACGUUAGCGUCCAGUGCCAUCCUAAUCGACAAACUAUUGAAUGUCAUUGCCUGACGUCAUCAGAUUGUGACAGAAGUACUGGAAGCUGUCCCGAUGGGCAAUGCUCUGUGGGAUGGGCAGGAGAUUAUUGUCAGUUAGAGUUACCGAGGCUGUCAGAACCACCACGCAUUAAUGGUUCAGUUGUGAGAUGGGACGAAUGGUCUUUUGAGCAUGAUAUUGGCACUGGACCUGUUAUUGGUUAUUCUAUUUACUACAUCGAUGCGUCUCAAGUUGAAUACGAAGAAGUAUUAAUUGAUGACGUUGAAAUUACAUCUCAUCACCUAAGCAAUCUUCCUCCUGGCAGAAUUUAUUACAUCGGUGUAUCGUGUUUAAUAAAAACAGGAUCUGUAACGUCAGUAGGCCCGCUAUCGCCAACAGUAAAUUUUACGACAUCCCCAGGACGUAAGCAUUUUUGUGUUUGUGAGAUUUUUACAAAUUUGAAAGAGAAUGAGCAUGUUCUUCGAUCAAGGAUUGUUGAUGUCAAUGUUGUGAAAUUUCUAAAAGUCACAACUUUCUUGGCAGGCCGAGGUUUGAGAGCAUCGAGUGUAACAUGA